AUGAUGCCACGCCAUGGCACCAUCGUAUCAUCUUUACUGACAUCAGCGUGGAACACCACAGGCUUCAUGCAUCCACACCGGAAAAUGAUGAUGCACAUGACCUUCUUUUGGGGCCAUAAAACAGAUGUUCUUUUCAAAGGUUGGCCUGGUUCGAGCUCUGGGAUGUAUGCUGUGGCCUUGACCUUUGUUUUUGCUCUUGCAGUACUUGUGGAGUGGUUCAACUUUUGCAGUGUCAUCAAGCCAGGAACUCACAAGGUUGCUGCAGGCUUCUUUCGAACUGGAAUGUAUGCAGUGCGUUCUGGGCUGUCUUACAUGGUGAUGCUCGCUGUCAUGUCGUUUAAUGGAGGAGUCUUUCUUGCGGCGGUUGGUGGUCAUGCUGUUGGCUUCGCGCUUUUUGGGAGUCGGGUUUUUAAGAAGUCUAGUGGUUCUGGAUCUGGAUCUGGGUCCAGAAAAGGGUCGGAUCUUCCUCCUCCCAAAUGUUGA